AUGAGAAAAGCUUUGGCUGCCCGCUAUUUGGAACACCUGACUGGCGAUGACCUCAUCGAUCUGGAUGAACUCAUUGGUGCUGAUGACGAUGAGGAUUUCAUAUCUGCAUCGCUCCAGAAUGCCAUCCAGGAAAUUAGCAGUGGAGGCUCGACUGCCGGCAAGCAGAUGCGGGCUUUGAAGGCUCACGCGCAAGAUUCGGCUCAACCCUAUGGCCAUCACAGCAUGACCAAGAGACGAAUGGCAAGAUUCCUUUGCGGGCUUGAACGAGCUGGCCGCUAUUUGAAGCAACCCUCGUUUCUUUCAUGGCUUCGUCGACGAGGACGCGAUGGCAUGGAUCAAGAGCACUUAUUUGAAGGCCCACCCUACUCGUGCCAUCCGCUGGAUCAUGCGGUGUGGAAAGCUCAGGAUUUGGGCAUCUCAUUUGAAGAUCAAAAAGUUUAA